AUGAAAUAUGAAUCUUCUCAAUAUUUAAUUUAUUCAAAUCCAAUAAAUCAUUCAUGUCCAAAAGCAAAAUUAAUAUGGCAUCAUGGUGAAAUAAAAUUUGAAAAAAUAAAUUCAAAAAAUGAAAAUAGAUAUAAAAUAAUAUUAAAUUCAAUUAAAAAUGAUGGUAGACAAUUAAUAAGUGAACCAUGUUUAAAUGCCUUUGCUGAAUAUACAAGAUAUAACACUCCACAAGAAAUUUGGAAAUUAAAUUUAGAAUGGGAUAAUUAUUUAAAAAAUUGGAAAUUAAUUCUUUAUAAUGAUGAACCAAUUGAAUUUAAAAAUAAUAUAGUAGAUGAUGAAUUUGGAUUUUAUAAUCUUGGUUUAAAAAAAAUUGUAAUGUGGCUUGAUAAUGAUAGUGAUGAUGUUUCAAGUAAUAUGUUACCUUCUAAAUUUAAAAAUAAAAAAAAAAUAUUUGUUGAUGUUUGA